UUCGGAGCAGGAGUAACUUCGUGUCGGAGGCGGAGAAGGAGUGAAUUCAGGAGGAGGAGGGAGGAGGGAGGAGGAAAUCGAUGCUUGAUGACGCCAUCGAUGCCGCCGCCGCACCCCCGCACACCGCAUCCCAGCCGCCCCCACCCCAGCAAACCACACAACGUGAUUUAAAAUGAAUGAGAUGUCCUUUGUCCGGCGUAGGCGCAGCGAUGUGUGACAUUAGAGUCAACUUUCUCGCCUGAUUCUAUCGUAUAUGCUGAUCUCAGUUGGACAAACCCAAUUUGGACCGCAUCGUUCUCAUCGAAAGCCUGCCGUGCCAGGCUAGGGUCCUAUUUCCCUUGUGCCCCUGCUAAUGCGGGACUUUGUGCAGUCCUGGACAGUUUGCCCCAGGUUCUGUUGAAGUUUGAUAAUCUCUGGGUAUGAGCAAAUGAUAUUUUGCGCUGGGGUGCUUCCUGUGUAUAUCUGAGGGUAUUGGAACUUUUGGCGGUGGUGUCUGCUUCGAGAAGAUUUGAGCCAUCAAGCUGUAUUGUGAUCAGCACUAGGGCUAAGUCACAACGUCGUGGUACUAUCUGACUCACCAGUGAACUGAUCCAUCAUGCUUGCAGGAAGAUGAGUUUUGACGCGGGCUCCCUUGAUUCGUAGACACGUUGAUUGAUGAAGUUCCAUUCUAGCGAUUCACUUCAGGAUGGGGACGGACGCAGGGCGCCCAAGCUCGACUCCAAUAGUGCUGUCUAGUUCGAGUUCGAAAGAAAAUUUGACACAGCCACUCAUUCCGCCAAGCGAAGCGAAAACUGGAGCCUACGACUCAGAGAAUGUUUACGAGGGGUGUAUUACGGACGUUUCCAGAGAUGGCACGGUGGAUUACCGAGGUCGGCCUGUUGAUAAAUCUAAAUACGGCGGCUGGAAAGGAGUGUCGUUUAUCAUGGGGGCGGUGCUUCUUGAGAGAAUGGCGUACUAUGGAAUCGCUUCCAACCUCAUCUCCUACCUCACAAUCAAGCUUCACGAAGGGAGUGCUGAUGCCGUCACCAACGUGUGGGUUUGGGGCGGUGUUACUUGGCUUCUUCCUCUGCUAGGAGGCUUCAUUGCCGAUUCGUUCUUGGGUCGAUACUGGACGAUCACCUACUCUUUGAUCAUCUACGUUGCGGGUAUGGUGUUCUUGACACUAACUGUAUCGGUUCCUGGCCUUAGGCCACCGGAAUGUCCCACAAACAUCGACUGUCAGUCUGCUUCCAAAUUACAAGUUCGAGUAUUUUAUUGCGCCUUGUACGUUGUUGCAAUCGGAGUGGGCGGCGUCAAGCCCUGUGCCUCAACUCUAGGUGCUGAUCAGUUUGAGGAGGAAGACGAGAAGGAGCGGUUCAUGAAAUACUCGUAUUUCAAUUACUGGUGGUUCGUAGUCACCAGCGGUUCUUUUUUUGCACUCACAGUUCUGGUCUACAUAGAAGAUCACGUAGGGUUCGGAUGGGGCUAUGGCAUUCCCACGGUCGGGUUGGCCCUUGCCUUGGCAGUAUUUCUCCUCGGCACACGUAGCUACCGCUACAAACACCCUAAGGGCAGUCCCCUAACACAAGUGGCAUGUGUUUUAGUGGCCGCAAUGCGAAAUCGCAAUGUCCAAGUUCCCACUGAUAGUGCUCUCCUUCACGAGGUGGGCCACCCUCUGAAGCGAAACCUUCAUCACACUCAUCAUCUCAGAUUCCUUGACAAGGCAGCUGUACAAGUGAGAGAAAAAGACAAUGAAACAGCACCCUUGGUGACAUAUAAUUGGAGGUUGUGCACAGUAACGCAAGUGGAGGAGGUAAAGCUUCUCGCUCUUGUGAUGCCCGUUUGGUUCACAACACUGGUCUUUAUGGUUACUGUGCAGCAGAUGUCCACCUUCUUUCUGCGCCAAGGCAUUAGCAUGGAUCAAAGCGUGGGGCCAAACUUCAAGAUUCCUCCAGCAUCGCUAGACCUCGCUACUGUUAGCACUGCCUUGAUGCUAAUUCCGAUCUAUGACAGUUACGUUAUCCCCUACGCUCGAAGAUUUACAGGCAACGAACGCGGCUUCUCGUUGCUGCAAAGGCUGGGAAUUGGUCUUGUGAUUACCGUCUUAGGCAUGGCAGUUGCAGCGCUUGUAGAGAUGCGAAGGUUGGAGAUUAUCAGAGAGAACGGCUUGGAGCACAGCAUCUCACCGGUCCCCAUGAGUGUGUUAUGGCUCAUCCCCCAGUACAGUAUCAUGGGCAUAGCACAGGUGUUCGCGUACAUGGGCCAGUUGGAGUUCUUCUACGACCAAGUCCCAGACGACAUGCAAACCAUUGGAACAGCCCUCUUCACCUCCAACACUGGCGUUGCCCAUUUCGUUUGCACGUCCAUCUUGCAGCUCGUCAUUAGCGUGACAGGCAGAGAUGGCAGGCAGCCUUGGAUUGUAGACAACAUCAACGACUCUCGCUUGGAUAAUUACUACUGGAUGCUGGCACUGUUGAGCGCUGUCAACUUUGUUGCCUUCUUUCAGGUCUCCCGCGGCUACACAUACAAGUCCACCAUGCAACGUGAAGUGAAGUAUCAUGUUGAGGUCCCUGCGGAGCCUCCUCUGAUCGACUGAUGCAACUCCAUCGCUCAUUCUAGACCUCUCAAGGAGAACCAGUUUCUGCAUCCUGGUGAGCAUAAGCCUGAGAUUCUGGUGAGCACAAGCCCAGUUCUCUCUUCGAACCAUGAGUCUGUGGAGACACAAUCACAUGCAUGUGGGAAAAUGGUUUGUUCCCCAUUUUUUUAAACAUGGUGGUAAACCAACAAUCAAUUUUUGGUAGGUUCUUUAUGUGAAAAUUAUUUGAUGGUUCUUUUGAUUUGCUUUUGUCCAAAUUGUGUUCAUUAGUUUAUUGUAAUUAUUUUAAGUUGUCCCAGUCUUAAAUGCUGAAGAACAUGAUAUUUUUUGAAAACUUAAUCGUGCUUUUCUGUAUAUGCUAAA